UGGCUUCAGCUGCUUUUCCUCAGGGGCGUCUGCUCAGCCUGAUCCCAACCUGCAGCUGCUAAUCCCACCAGAGCAGAGGAAGAGGAUCUGCUGUCCACACACACCUGAGAGGACCUGCAGCAGCCGGCCCUGAGCCACCAUGGACUUCAUCCUCCAGUUACUGUUCUCCCCCCUCCCCAUCCCGGUCGUCAUCUCAUUGAUGGCCCUCGGUGUUGCCACCCUGUUUUACCUCAAUGCUCGGCCCAGUCCCCUCCGCAGCCCAGCUGACCUCAACCGCCAGACUUUAGGCAUCAAGGAUGGUGCAAGAAAAACUGCCUUAUUGGAGAACAACAACAACCUGAUGUCGUUUUACUACAGUGAUGCCAGAACUCUGUAUGAAGUCUUUCAGAGAGGCCUGAAAGUUUCAGGUAACGGACCUUGUUUGGGCUACAGGAAAAAAGGAAGACCUUACCAAUGGCUCAAAUACAAACAGGUCUCAGACCGAGCAGAGCACCUCGGCUCCGGACUCCUCCACCGAGGUUUGAAGCCCAACACAAACACCUUCGUUGGCAUCUUUGCUCAGAACAGACCUGAGUGGAUUAUCAGUGAGCUGGCCUGUUACACCUACUCCAUGGUAGCAGUUCCUCUGUACGACACGCUGGGUCCUGAGGCUCUCGUGUUCAUUAUCGACCGAGCUGACAUAUCCACGGUUCUCUGCGACAAUCAGAAGAAAGCAGAAACUCUGCUGGAGAGCAGGGAAAAGGGCCACACCACAGUCCUGAAAACCAUCAUCAUCAUGGACUCUUUCAGCCCAGAGUUGGUUGAGCGUGGGGCGAAGUGCGGGGUGGACAUCAUGUCCAUGGAGGACGUCGAGGUGCUGGGGAAAAGUCACCUACAAAAGCCAAUUCCACCGAAGCCAGAGGACCUCAGUAUCGUUUGCUUCACCAGUGGCACCACAGGAAACCCUAAAGGAGCCAUGCUGACCCACGAGAACGUUGUUGCUGAUGCUGCAGGAGUCAUCAAAACCUUUGAGUCGUCCAUCAUUCCAACAACGGAAGAUGUCACCAUUUCAUUUCUGCCUUUAGCACACAUGUUUGAGAGAAUCGUGCAGACUGUGGUUUUUGGAGCUGGGGCCAGGGUGGGAUUCUUCCAGGGUGACAUACGGUUGUUGCCGGAUGACAUGAAGACCCUGCAGCCCACMAUUUUCCCUGCGGUGCCUCGACUUCUCAACCGCAUCUACGACAAAGUUCAGAGCGGAGCCACAACGCCGUUCAAAAAAUGGCUGCUGAACUUGGCCGUGGAGAGGAAGUGCGCUGAGGUGAAGGAGGGCAUCGUCAGGAAGAACAGCAUCUGGGACAAACUCAUCUUCAACAAAGUCCAGGAGUCCCUUGGAGGCCGCGUGAGGUUCAUGGUGACCGGAGCAGCACCCAUAUCACCCUCUGUUCUCACCUUCCUCAGAGCUGCUCUGGGCUGCCAGAUCUUUGAAGGAUACGGUCAGACGGAGUGUGCGGCUGCCUGCACCUUCACCAUGUCUGGAGACGUCUCUGCAGGUCAUGUCGGUGUGCCUCUGCCUUGUAAUUUUCUGAAGUUGGUUGAUGUUGAAGAAAUGAGCUACUUUGCUUCAAACGGUGAAGGGGAGGUUUGCAUUAAGGGUACAAAUGUGUUCAAAGGCUACUUGAAAGACCCUGAGAAGACCGCAGAGGCUUUGGAUAAAGAUGGUUGGCUCCACACUGGGGAUGUUGGAAAAUGGCUUCCAAGUGGAGUUUUAAAGAUUAUCGACCGUAAGAAGAACAUCUUCAAGCUGGCUCAAGGAGAGUACAUCGCACCGGAGAAGAUCGAGAACGUGUAUGUUCGCAGCGGCCCUGUGGCUCAGGUGUUUGUGCAUGGAGACAGUCUGCAGUCUUGCCUGGUUGCUGUUGUGGUCCCAGACGCAGACGUCCUGCCAGGUUUUGCAAAACGUCUUGGCAUCCAAGGCUCCAUUGAAGAACUCUGCAAGAACACAGAAAUUAAGAAGGCUGUAAUUUCAGACAUGACCAAACUUGGAAAAGAAGCAGGUCUCAAGUCUUUUGAACAGGUGAAGGACGUGCACCUCCACCCAGAGCUGUUCACCAUCGAGAACGGCCUGUUGACUCCCACCUUGAAGGCCAAGAGAGCUGAGGUCCAAGCUCUGUUCCAGCCUCAGAUCGACCGACUUUAUGCCAGCUUACAAUAAAUGAAACACAAAGCAGCA